CCUCUGGUUCCGGCCCACCCGCCGGGACCCUCGGAUAGAGAGUAGCCUCGGGGAGGCCCUUUUGUCUUGUGCCCAGCGUAGGCACCUCAGGAAUAGGGAUAAACACCGGGAUCCAAGGCUUCGGUUUAUUUCUUCCCAGUGAGCUUUUUCUCCCGAAGUCUUAUAACCCUGUUGACCCUGCGGAGUCUCAACAUCCCCCUACUUCCAAAUACUUUUCCACAGUGUAUUCCCUCUGACUCCUACCCUGUCUUAGUAUGAAAGUGUCGAAUUGUUGUCUCUGCAGCCAGAUCCAGCCUCCUAGAGGAACCAUGUCUCCUGCAGCUUUGGGUGCCACCUGUUGUGCUAGGCGCCCGCCGCUGCACAAGAGGAGAUGCCGUGUGAAUUCUCUGUGAAUGUUGGGAGGAGGAAUGCCAGAGCUGCUGGCUUGAAAAUUUUCCAAACGAGAUCUAUGUAGGCUGGAGACCCUGAAUCACCUCCCCCAGGAUGGACUUUCUGGUUCUUUUUUUGUUGUACGUGGCUUUGGUGCUGAUUGGUGUUGUUAUGAUCUGCGUCUGCUCAAAAACCCAUUAUUUGAAAGGCCUUGUCAGGGGAGGAGCACAGAUAUUUUCCUAUAUAAUUCCAGAAUGCCUUCAGAGAGCCGUGCUAAGAUUGCUUCAUUACCUCUUCCAUACACAAAACUACACCUUCAUUAUCCUGCACCUCAUCUUGCAAGGGAUGGUUUAUACUGAAUACACCUGGGAAAUAUUUGGCUACUGUCAAGAGCUGGAGUUCUCCUUGUAUUACCUCCUUCUGCCCUAUCUGCUGCUGAUUGUAAACCUGAUUUUUUUCACCCUAACUUGUGUAACCAACCCUGGUACCAUAACAAAAGCAAAUGAAUUAUUGUUUCUUCAAGUUUAUGAAUUUGAUGAAGUGAUGUUCCCAAAGAACAUGAGUUGCUCUACUUGUGAUUUAAGGAAACCAGCGCGAUCUAAGCACUGCGGUGUGUGUAACCGGUGUGUGCACCGUUUUGACCAUCACUGUGUUUGGGUGAACAAUUGCAUCGGGGCCUGGAAUGCCAGGUACUUCCUCAUCUACCUCUUGACGUUGACGGCCUCUGCUGCCACCCUGGCCAUUGUGAGCACUGGGUUUCUGGUCCAGUUGGUGGUGGUGUCAGACUUGUACCUGGAGACUUACGUUGAUGACCUUGGACAUUUCCAGGUUAUUGACACCGUCUUUCUUAUUCAGAAACAAGUUGGAGACAUCAUGUUGCUUUACCCCAGAAUACUUGAGCAUGCAUCUUUUAAGAAUGUGAACAUUCUACAUAACUACAAUGCUGUUUACCACCUAAGAAAAUACCUGUUCCUGACCUUCCCAAGGAUCGUCUUCAUGCUGGGCUUUGUCGUGGUGCUGAGCUUCCUCCUGGGGGGCUACCUGUGCUUUGCUCUGUACCUGGUGGCCACCAACCAGACCACUAAUGAGUGGUACAAAGGUGACUGGGCCUGGCACCCCCAUGUGGCCUGGCCCCCAUCAGCAGAGCCCCGGAUCUACCGGAACAUUCACUCCCACGGGCUUUGGAGCAACCUUCGAGAGAUCUUUUUGCCUGCUGCUGCACAUUAUGAGAGAAAGAAAAAAUAAGAAGGGGAAGAGUGUUACUAUCUUUUAAAUAUAGUAAUUUUUUAUACAUAUGGA